GGGGAGAGGGUUUAAAUUUUGGCUUGUCAAUUUCAAGCCUUCCUUUCCUCGAAUAUAGCUUGUUCACCAUGUCAGCACAGGUUGCAUCACCAGCUUCACCAGCUUCACCCGUUUCUACUCGUCGCUACCGAUUUGCUACUGAGGUUGUUACUGUAGACAACAAGGACGAUCCAUACAAUGCCGCCUCCGUACCCAUUUACCAGUCUGCAACCUUUAAGCAAAAGGGUGCCAAUGCUGAAGGAGAAUACGAUUACUCUCGUUCAGGAAACCCAACACGUACACACCUUGAAAAUCAUCUUGCCAAAAUCAUGGGAGCGAAGAGAGCCUUGGCUGUUACUAGUGGUAUGAGUGCACUUGAUGUCAUUACUCGACUAGUUAAGAAUGGCGAGGAAAUUAUCGCUGGCGAUGAUUUGUAUGGCGGAACCAACCGAUUACUAUCUUUCCUUCAAAAGUCUCAAGGUAUCAAAACCCACCACAUCGACACCACAAACAGCGAUGCCAUUCUCCCAUACCUUGAUCCCCACAAAACACGUCUUGUUCUACUCGAAACGCCCACUAACCCAUUGAUCAAAAUUGCCGAUAUUCCUACCAUUGCGGCACAUGUCCACGCAAAGUGUCCAAAUGCACUUGUGGUUGUCGACAAUACUAUGAUGAGCCCUUACUUGCAGCGACCACUUGAGCUCGGUGCUGAUAUUUCAUACCACUCCGGUACUAAAUAUUUGUCAGGACAUCACGAUUUGAUGGCUGGUGUGAUUGGAGCUAAGGAGGACUCUGUUGCCGAUCAACUUUAUUAUGUUAUUAAUGCCACUGGCUGCGGUCUUGGACCAUUUGAUUGCUGGCUCCUCCUCCGAGGUGUCAAGACACUUGCUGUCCGUAUGGAUAAGCAACAAGCAACCGCUCGACGAGUAGCACAGUUCCUUGAAGAUCGAGGAUUGAAGGUUCACUACCCCGGAAGCCGAAAGCAUCCUCAGUACGAGCUACACAAGAGAAUCUCGUCUGGUCCAGGAGCCGUCUUGAGUUUUGAAACAGGUGACAUUGGUAUCUCAGAGCGCAUUGUUGAAGGUACCAAGCUUUGGGGAAUCAGCGUUAGCUUUGGCUGUGUCAACUCUCUCAUCAGCAUGCCAUGCAAGAUGUCACACGCUUCUAUCCCUGCUCACGUCCGUGCAGAGAGAUCACUUCCUGAAGAUUUGAUCCGCCUUUGUGUGGGUAUUGAGGAUGCUGACGAUCUUUUGGAAGAUCUUGAUACUGCUUUGAUCAACUCUGGCUGCCUUCUUAUCGGCGACAAGCUCGAAAAGUUGUCUUUGGAGCAACAAUCAUGAGAUAUACCGAGUUGCAGGUUGAAGAAAAAAACCCAAACAAAGCAAAAAACCACUGUUUCAUUACUUGCAAUCUAUAGAAAUCCUUCGAUUGCAGUAGUUUCUUUCAAAAAUUAAGAACGUGUCUAUUAUCUGGCACAAGAGAACAAUAAAACUGUACAAUUUUUUUUGAGAAUGUA